CGAUUUAUCUGUAUGAUGUAGUUACACGCUAGAUGUCUCACUCUCGCCUCCUUUCCUUCGGCAUCUAUUCAACCUCGGAGACUCCCUGCGAAGACGAAAGAAAUUCACGAGAAAAAUCAAACAUUUCUGCUCUUAUCCCUCUCUAGAUUUACUCCCUCUGCAAAUAAUAAUUCCUGGAAUUUCUUCGUUAAUUCCUCUUUCGAUCCUUCUAACAAUGAUCCGGUUUAUACUGCUGCAAAACAGACAAGGCAAGACUCGUCUCGCCAAAUACUAUGUUCCUCUCGAGGAUUCCGAGAAGCACAAGGUCGAAUACGAGGUUCAUCGAUUGGUUGUUAAUAGAGAUCCCAAAUUCACGAAUUUUGUUGAGUUUCGGACACACAAGGUCAUAUACAGGCGGUAUGCUGGAUUGUUUUUCGCAUUGUGUGUCGACAUAACUGAUAAUGAACUGGCUUAUUUGGAGUGCAUUCAUUUAUUUGUGGAGAUAUUGGAUCAUUUCUUUAGCAAUGUGUGCGAGCUAGAUUUGGUGUUUAACUUUCACAAGGUUUAUCUGAUACUUGAUGAAUUCAUUCUUGCUGGGGAGCUUCAAGAAACAAGCAAGAGGGCAAUCAUAGAGAGAAUGGGAGAGCUGGAGAAGCUGGAGUAAGCAUCUGUUCUGCCGUGGAGUGUUUAUGAGUGUCAAUUUGGUCUUCCAUUUUUUCCCUCCUGUGUUUGUGUGCCUUGUUCUUUAUUGUUCAGCUGUUAUUUCUUUACCCAUUUUGCACAAGCCAGUUCUCACCUUGUAACAUUACAGAUUUUAGACAGAAAUUGCUUCUUUUAUCCUUCGUUUUCCAUUGCCUCUGUGUCUCACUCUGCCUUUAUGGAGUGAGUUUGUGUGAGGUUACUGCGGUGUUCAUCUCAUGUUCUUUCUUAUAACAUUCUGGAUGUCUAUAAACAAUUUGCAAUCGUCAUCUUCUG